AUGCUUCGUCGGUACUCGUCGCGGGGUCUGCUCACCGUUCGUCUCCCACAAGCGAUCACAACGAUCGGGAGUCGAAAUUGUGACAUCAUUGUGCAGGCGAAAAAUGUGGCACCAAUCCACGCGUCUCUCGAGUAUAAUUCGGUGACGAGAAGCUAUUGGCUGAAAGAUCACUCGCUUACCGCUCACACAACUGUCAAUGGGAACACCGUCUAUGGGCAGAUCGAGUUGAACACUGGUGAUUUGGUGUGUUUCGGCGACUCGCAGCCGCUCGUCUUCGAGAACUCGACACUUGUUCCUGUGAAACAUCAAGUCACUGCCGACUAUCACGAUAUGUUUCUCGAGAAGCAAGCCUCCAUCGACAAAGUGCAUUUUCCGGCUCUGCCACGUCGUCAAACUCCACAAUCGGGUGGACGGGGAGAGGCGUUGAGCUCGGGUCGAGAACCGCCAAUGAGACACGAUUGUUUGGGAGGAGGAGCUGCGAGGAAGAGUCGAGACACACGAGUGAUCACGGGAAGACAUCGGCAAAAGGAGAAAAGAGCCGGCAGUGCGGACAAGGUUCUACAGGGGAACACGAGUAGUCGAGCUUCAUCUCGAUCUCCGCGAGCCGACACUCCACCAGAUAGCGAUUCCCCACAAGUCAACGUUUAUUCAACUGGACCUGAGCUUCGUUUAACCGGUAAUCCGACUCGAAUUCGAAGCGUCGGCAAUCAUUUAUUGCAAAGGGUGAUUCGUUUACAGAGCGAAUUGGCAAGGAAAGAUCAAGAGAUUAGAGAGCUUCGAGCCGGCUCGACUCCGAUGGGAAUCGAGCAAUUGAGUGGAUAUCGAAGUCUUCUCGAGCAAAGUGAACGGGAAAAGGAAAGGCUUAGAGAUUUACUUUUGCAAUCCUCGUCAAGCAUUCCCCAGCCGCUCAGCUCACCAAAUCCUCGGUACCGACCGAAAAUUCGCUCGGCACUCAGCAUCGAUCCAGACCAAUUUGAAGAUGCAAUGUACGCUUCUCAUCCAGAUCAACUACAGACAUUAGCAAGAACGAAAAUGGCAGAAGUUGAAGUGUAUCGAGCUUUUGUGCGAACAUUGGCUUAUGAGCUUCAAUCGUUUAACGACAGAGUACUCCGUCAACCAGUUAGAGACUAUUCGGAUGUUUUUCAAGCAAUUGUGAGAGCUCUCGAAGAGCCGUUCUCUUACAAGCUAAUGGAAAUCGAGGCCGAUUGUGAGGCUUAUUUGACAGAGCUGGGUGCGGCCAAAGAAGUUACUGAAAGAUUGCAGCACAUCGUUCGAGACGAGAAACACCACAAAAUAAGUGUAAGCCAAGCGCAAGCAAAAUUGUUUUAUUUACGGCACAGGACAAUCACAAAAAAGAAAAUCUCU